CGCUUACCUGCGCAGGUGGAUGGAGGAGGAGCUCGCGUGACGUCACGGGUGGAUCCGAGUGAAAAACAACGCACGUUGAGGAAAUACAAGCGAUUGGAUUUGAGUCAGAAAUCUUUCAUCAUGUCCUUCGAUCUGAACGCAGCUGUUGGAGGAGAUGAGGUGAAGAAGGCUGAAGCCAACGAGGUGCAGGGGAUAUUUGGAUUUGGGAAAAAGGAUAAAGACAAAAGCAAAGAUAAGAGUGAUUCCAAAGACAAGGGGCAUAAAGACAAGGAGCAUAAAGACAAGGACAAAGGGAAGGACAAAGACAAACACAAGGAGCACAAAGACAAGGACAAGAAGAAGAAAGAUAAAGAGCACAAGAAGAAGAAGGGUGGCCACAGUUCCUCUUCCUCCAGUGAUGAUGACUAAAGCAAGACUGAGGACAUUACACAAUAAAUUAUUAAUGCUUUGUAAUGCAAGUUAUAUAGUGAAGACGAUCUCAACAUCUUGGUUAUGCAGAAAGGAUGAAGACCCUUGAAUGAAGCCAUGGGAUGCACUUCAAAAACCUUCCACAAGAUGGCGGUGCUCACACGUGAAAAUUUCAUUGUCUCAAACUUCAUUUGAAGAUCCAAUGGUAGAUCAUUAUUUUCUGUAAAACCUGCUUGCUGCUUUAAUAAACGUGACUUCUUAAA